GAGUCCCAGCAGGCCAGCCCGUUUAAAGCAGCCUGGCCUUGGCUGAUAAACCUGUCUCGGUCGGGGAGCGGAGUUGGCCGUCGGUCCUCCUGCGAAGGCAGCCAGUCAGAAUUGUGAAGGAUGAGCCUGGUUCAGGAGAGAAGUGGGAGCUCUGGCAGCAAAGAGCCACUUGACAAAUGUCUUCAAGCCAAGAAGGACCUGGAGACAGCAAUCAGUGGAAUAGUCAAGGCUGAACAACAAGUGAAAGACAAUUGGAGAGAGGUAAAAGCUCAGAUUCACAGCUGCAUCAGCCGCCACCUAGAAUGCUUGCGCAGUCGUGAAGUCUGGCUGCUUGAACAGGUGGAUCUCAUUCAGCAGUUGAAGGAGGAGGCCUUGCAGCAACAAGCACAGCAACUCUGUUGGUUGCUGGGACAAUUCAAUUGCCUUAUCCAUCAACUGGAGCAGCCUCACAGUGAUGACCUUGCGAAUCAGAUUUCCCUCUGCUUGGAUAGACUCGGCAAUUUAACUCUCCAGCCAGAAGAAACAUCCAUCUUGAACUUUGAGGCUGAUGUCCCAUACCUUCGCCAGGCUAUUACAACAUUUGGCUCAAUCAAGACAAUGCAGCAAACCGCUGACAAAGAAGACUGUGGCCCUUGGAUUUACGUACAGAACUGUCCUGUGACAGCCAAACAGGAGCAGAAACCUGUACUUGGUACCCUGGGCUGCCCACUCUCUGACUGGCUUCUUGGAAGCAAACCUGAUAGUGCCUGUUAUACUCCUUAUGUUCCCAGCAACAACUGCAAGGACUGGCUUUUAAACCCACAUGCACAGGAGACCAACCAGGAUGUAAAAUCUUCCGACGUGUGUUACUUGGAACAAGCUUGGGGAAAUCUGAAAAAUUUGGAGAACUGGCUCCUGCAGAACCAACAACCAGAUGUUCCUGAAAAAGUUGAUUUCUACCGACGUAAGAGUUCCACCUCCACCAUUGACUCCACCUUUUCCAUUGAGAAAAUAGAUGAACUGGAGGUCACAGGACAAGAAGAGAUUAAUAUUUCUGACUGGCUACUUACUCCACCUAUAUCAGACAAGAAUAAUUUGGAAGAAAAGUGGAAACAUGUAUUUAAGCCAUUCAGGGAAGAAUACAGUAUCAGUGAUUGGCUUCCCAAAUCUGAUGCCUGCAAUAAUUGUUGUGGCAGUCAGGCGAAGGGUAUAGAGAUAGAAAAUCUUGGAAACCUUAAGUGCCUCAGUGAGCACCUUGAAGGAAAGAAGUUACCCACCACUGAUGCCUGGUUACAGCCACCCCCUUUGAAAGUAGAAGAUGUUUGUAGAGCAAAUGAACCAUGUUCCAGUUUUUCAGAGUGUAUGUGUGAUGAAAACUGUGAGAAGGAAGCUCUAUGCAAGUGGCUCCUUAGGAAAGAAGGCAAGGAUAAAAAUGGCAUGCCAGUAGGGCAGACCCCUAGCUCAACCACUCCGCCUGAGAUACCCAAACCUGCUUUGAAUAUCUGGCUUCAUCCUUCCCAACAGUCAGUGGAAGAACAGGCGUUACUUACAACAGAACAACAAAGCCCUGAUGUAGUAGAACCACUGAAGGCAUUGCUUGAUACUCCUUUAUCAGCCUGGCUAGUCAAAUCAGAAGUCAAAGCAUCAAACACAGAAGAGAAGGCAAGCACAGAGAAGGCAGAGAUGAGUUGUAAGAGUUCACUUCUGGAUUUUUUGGAACCAUUUCACCUCCCCCUUAAUGUCAACAGUUGGGUGUUGUCUUCAAAGAACAUAGAAGCAUCCAGCCAGCUUCCAAUAGAAGAUAAAUGGCUUCUACGCAAACAGGCACAUGAUUGCGGUCUUCCUACAGUUUGUGAUCUCUUUGCUUGUAUGAAACUGAAUGGAGAUAGAGAAAAGUGGCUCUAUCGGACUCCUUUACAGAUGUGAAAAACCUGAACCAUUUCAAACACGCCAUCUUUCUGCUGAUCACCGCACAUUUGUACUGAGUGCUGCUUUUAAACUUUGUGUCCGACAUCUGCCUCUUCUAAACUUUAAAAGCUACAUCUAGCUGAAUUGUUGCCGCAAAGUUGAUUUAUACAACAUGUAAGCAACAGUGUCUUUGUAUGUAUCCUACGGGCUAAGAUGCCAAGAUCUUUUUUAGACAUGUCAUCUCGAGACUUUGCAGUUGUUGAAGUCAGCUUUGAAAUAUUUUCCUGAUUUGGGGACUAUACCCAUUGUACAUUGGCUCUUGCUUCCUGAUCACUGAGAAUAUGGGAGUGUGUGAUAACAGGAUUCAGAAAUCAUUUCAAAUACUGGGGAGGGAAAACCGGUUUAGCAGAAAUUUUUAGUGAAGAGCAGCUCUUGAUCUCUCUUUCCAUCAGUUCUUGUUGUAAAUAUAUUUAAUUGUUACUUAAGGCCAUGUCUGAUGACAUGGCUCUUACACAACAAUUAGGUGCUCCAGACCUGUAUGAACUAUGUGGCUGAAAUGUUCUAUAUAUUUUUUUAAAUUGAUUUUAAGAAACACAUCUUAAAAAAGACUUUAUGCAAAGCAGAUGAAUAAGGGCUCCCAGUUACUUUGAUGUCAUCUUAAUUAAGGUAACAAGUAUGAGGAGUAGAUGAAAGUUGCAUUGUUUAAAGCACAUUGCUGAAUUCAGAGCAUUUUUGUAUUGAAUAGCAAGGUUAUCUAACCCCAGUUUAUGUUAACUUUAUAAAAAAUGAUAGCAUCUUGACAUGUUUUAAGAUGAAAGCAACUUUAUGCAUUCAGAGCAAAGAAAAUGUUGAUUUAAAAAUGAACUUUAUAAGACAUGUUUUGAGGCAGAGCAUACAGAAGUAGUUCUGAUAGACUCUGGUGUUCAGUUAAUCCUGCUUCAGUCUAAAAGCUAUCCAGGCUUAGGCUAUCAACAGCACAGAGUGUUACUGGUUGAAAUCAGUAAUAAAUUACAAAUAGAGUAAGCCUGUUCAAUCAGUAGAACUUACAAAGGAGUGGACGCAUCAAAUCCCCACUAAUUCAGUGGGCCUACUCUAGUUGAGACUUACUGCUGGGUGUUAGCCACUCUCACUGCCCAUCUCUCCUUAGCCAGUUAUAUUUUGAGCCAUUUACUAAAAUUAUUCUAAAUGUUUGUACUGCUCAGGUUAGUAGGAUGGAAUCACUAAUGAAAAUGGAAGAACCCUGGUAUGUGGAAAAUAAGUCCUUUCUGUCUUUCCCAUUAACUCAGUAUUUGUUGAUACAAAUAAAGUCCUUCCAUUAAACCACUGCUGUGAAUAAAACAGUGCCUCGUCUUG